AAUUAUUCUGAAUUUGUCCUUGCAAUUUUAAUUAAACGAAAAUCAGUAAAUCAUUAAUCUCCUUUCAAAUUCUACCAUUUAUGUCAAUUUUGUACUAGAAAAAAAGUACAUUUACUACAAUGUACUAUCAAUAAUUUCGUUGCUUACUUAAAGUCUCCCCUUGCUCUGUCUCUUCUUUCAUAAGACAAAAAUAAAGAAUUAGAGGAGAAAAAAAAAAGAGAGAGAGAAAGAAAUGAACCACAGUGGCCAUACGCAUGGAAUGGAUAUGGCGCCACCGCCAUCAUCAUCGUCAACCAUCAUGAACAACGCCACUGGAGGAGGCGGCGGGAUGACGAUGAUGAGCGACCACCACAUGAUGAUGCACAUGACGUUUUUCUGGGGAAAGAAUACUGAGAUUCUCUUCUCAGGUUGGCCUGGAUACGAUAAUUUGGGCAUGUACAUCUUGGCACUCGUCGUUGUCUUUUUCAUAGCUAUUCUCGUUGAAUUUCUAUCUCAUAGCAAGUACAUCAAAGAGGAUGCUGACAAUUUGACUGCUGGACUUCUUCAGACAACUUUGUAUGGUUUGAGAAUUGGUUUGGCUUAUGUUGUUAUGUUGGCUGUAAUGUCUUUUAAUGGUGGUGUUUUCUUGGUUGCUAUUGUUGGGCAUUCAUUUGGGUUUUUGGUUUUUGGAAGUAGAGUUUUUAAGAAGUCUUCUAGUGGGCAGACUUCGGAUCUUCCUCCUUUGAGUUGUAGUUGUUGAUGGUCUGAGUUUGUUAUAGCAUGUAAUCACAAGCAUUUAUUCAUAAACGGACAUGCGGAUAUGUGAUUUAUCAA